UGAAAACGAGUCACUUUUGUUUCUCCCCGGCAAGCUCUCGCAGCAGCGCGCGCGCGCGCCUGCCGUCCCAGGAAAUAAGAACGAAGCGCCGUUCGCUUUAGCAGCCGCCCUGUUUCAAGAGCACCGAUCGCUUUCGUUUCCCCGACCCCGAAGGCGGCUUCGCCCAACGCUGCGGGUUUCGUGCGCCAAUGCUAAAACGCAGCGCCCUUGUGCCCUCGCUGCUGCUGCUCAGGUCGAGGCCUGCCAUGGCGCUGCGUUUAGAACCCGCCUCUCCGGAGCGCUGCUUCGUGGUGGAAUCCCCAAGCUCGGAUCUGGUCUACUUCACUCUGAGCAGCCCGCGUGAGCGCCUCCCAGUCCAGGGCGCGCCGCCCCGGUGCUUUUUGCCUCGUCCCGGGAGAUGCUAUUCCUUCUGCGUCCCAGCCGCGCCAAGCCCCCGAGAACGCGUCCGGGCUGCCAGGCUGCACAGAAAUCUGCAGCAGAGCCUGAGCCGGGAGCCUUUCUCGCCUCGGAGCAAAGUCCUGGCCCUCCUCUCCUACCGGCCCCAAGAGGCUGCGCUGGAGAGAGGCUUCCUAGUUCAAGACCAGCAGCGAUUGCCGGACACAGAGCGCGCCUUGGAGGAGCUGCUGCGUCUCCUGCUGCCCGCGCCGACCCAUCUGUCGGUGUACGAGGCGGCUGAAGACGGCGAGGUGUGGCGGGCGUUGUGGUGCCUGAAGGGGGCAGCAGAGGGGAGAGAGCUGCUUGGCAGGACGCGCGUGGUUGCUGCGGAAGAGCCGGAGCUCCAUCCUGCCGUUCCGCACCUUUUCGACACCGCUGUGUUCAGCUCCCUAGAAGCUGCCCGCGGGGUCCUGGAGGAGUGUAUUUCUCUAAUUCCUGAAGCCAAAGUGGUCCUUGAUCUUGUGGAUAGGUGCCCUGAGCAUCCAAAGAAGGGAGAGUUCCCUGUGAUCGUUAUUGAGGGACUGGAUGCAACAGGCAAAACAACAGUAACUCAAACUUUGAAGGACUCACUGAACGCUGUCCUCUUGAGAACUCCUCCACCUUGUGUCAGCCGGUGGAGAAAGAUUUUUGAUGAUGAACCGACACUCAUACGGAGAGCGUUUUAUGCUCUGACCAACUACAUCGUUGCUUCUGAAAUCGCAAAAGAAUCCAUGAAGUCGACAGUGAUUGUAGACAGGUAUUGGCACAGCACGGCUGCAUACGCUAUUGCCUCCGAAGUAAGUGGGAAAGUGCAAAAUCUCCCUCCGCUUCAUCACCAGGUGUAUCACUGGCCUGAAGAUCUUCUACGGCCAGAUGUUGUCUUGUUGCUAACCAUUAGCCCUGAGGAAAGGAUCAGGAGACUGCAGGAACGAGGCUUAGAGAAAACAAGGGAGGAGGCUGAGCUGGAAGGAAAUACUUUUUUCCGUCAAAAAGUCGAAGAGUCUUACAGAAGGAUGGAGAAUCCUACAUGCCAACCAGUUGACGCCAGUCCCUCUAGAGAAGAGGUUCUCAAAGCUGCUCUACAUGUGAUUAAAAAGCACUGUCAUUUACUGUAGUUGGUUGGGAAUGCACUAGUGCCAAUACUCUUCAACACAAAGGAGUCACUCCAAAAUUCCCCAGCAAAUUGGUGUUGGAUAGGACUGUUAGUAGCUGCAUUUUCUCAGAGUCAGACGCAUAAGGCAAAAGAGGCAAUAGGGUUUUAUUGGACCAGCUGUUCUUUAAAAUACGGAAGUAGGGUUAUGAAUUGCACAUGCCUCAAGAUUGGGGUGACCACAUGAUAAGGAGGACAGGGCUCCUGUAUCUUUAACAGUUGUAUUGAAAAGGAAAUUUCAGCAGGUGUCAUUUGUAUA